AUGACUGUUGUUACUCUUCCCGAACCCUUUGCUAGCAUCCCCCGAGAGAACUUUCUCUUCGGCGCAUCGCCUCUUCAGCCCCUCCCCAGAAUAUCCGCUGCUCUCGGUGGAAAGGUCAAUGUCUACGCGAAGCGCGAGGACUGCAACUCCGGCCUCGCCUACGGUGGAAACAAAGUCCGAAAGCUAGAAUACCUCGCCGCUGAGGCCCAAGCCCAAGGCUGUGAUACCCUCGUCUCCAUCGGCGGCGUCCAGUCCAACCACACCCGCGCCGUAACCGCCGUCGCCACAAAACUCGGUCUCAAAGCCGCCACCGUCCAAGAACACUGGGUUGACUGGGAAGACCCCGGCUACGAAAAGGUCGGCAACAUUCAGCUCUCGCGGCUCAUGGGCGGUGAUGUGAGACUUGACCCGUCGACAUUCGGUAUCGAGCACAAGACGACUCUCGCCAAGCUCACAGAUGAGCUCAAGAGCAACGGUCGCAAGCCAUACUACAUCCCUGCUGGAGCUUCAGACCAUCCCCUCGGUGGUCUAGGUUUCGCACGCUGGGCAUUCGAAGUCGAAGCGCAGGAGAAGGAACUAGGAAUCUUCUUCGACACCAUCAUCGUCUGCGCCGUGACAGGCUCUACAUUCGCCGGCAUGAUCGCCGGCUUCAAGCUCGCCCAAAAGAAGAACGGUUCUCCCGCGCGCAAAAUCAUCGGCAUUGACGCCUCUGGAAAGGUACAGCAAACCUUCGACCAAGUCCUACGCAUCGCCAAAUCCACAGCUGUCAAGAUCGGCCUCAGCGAGGACGACAUCACAGCGGACGAUGUUAUUCUGGACCCCAACUACAACGCCAAGAUCUACGGCAUCCCUGAUGAGACGACCAUUGAGGCGAUGAAGUUUGGCGCUGCUACGGAGGCGUUCAUCACGGAUCCUGUGUACGAGGGCAAGAGUCUGGCGGGCAUGAUGGAUUUGAUCAAGACGGGCAAGAUUGCGAGUGGGAAUGUGCUUUAUGCUCAUUUGGGAGAACAUCAGCUUAAGAUGGUCGAUUUUCAAGACACCAAGGUAGCAGUUCUAUCUGCCCUGACAGACUUCUUCAACAUCUCGUCCCAAACCCCCAAAGAUGCCGGCAACCAUCUUCUCGAGACCUCUUACGUCAUACAGUCCACCCCCAAUACUAUCGAACAGACGACACUGGGAGAGCUAUUCCUCAACGACACAAAGAAAGAGGGCCACCUCGAAUGGGCUAUAGACGAGCCCCAAGAAAUCUUCAUUCACGAGAAGCUCGCUGCGGUCUGGACUGGCUGGUCCAUCCGCGCCGAUGAUGGUACAAUCAUCAGUCACAAGAAGGGCAUCCUCGGAUUAGCUUACACCGAUGGACGUUGGAAGGUAUCAGGUCUAGCUUCGACAGAGCGCUCUUUGGAAACACCCACCCCAGAAGAUGAAAGAGAUCUUACCCAAGAGAUCAUGAAGCCCAUCAACGCUCUUCUAGACGACUUCUCCCAUCCAGACUGGGACGUCCUCAAGCAAUGGUUUCUUCCCAACGCUGGUGUGACUUUAUAUCGACCACCUGCUGAGCCAGCGCCUAUGACUAUGGAGCAGUCCAUCGUUCGUCUACAGGGUAUGAUCAAGAGUGGUAUUACUAUUCAAGAGAAGUUACAUGAUAUUCAGGUCCGAAAACAUGGUGAUAUUGCAUUAGUUUGGGCACCGUUUGUGGUUGAGAUUAAUGGGGUGCCUAAACAUGACGGUGUUAAUGCGUUUACGCUUCUGAGGAGGGAUGGGAGAUGGGUGUUUAGUGGAUGUCAGGACUAUGGUGUUGCUCUUCAGUGA